AUGAGCCGGUAUCUUCUUGCCAAUUGCAAGACUCGAUUGUUUCCACUUAGAGCAUCUUUCAACAAACCCAGUUCUAACACUUGGAACCAUAUUUACCAACAAAAUCGUCAGAUUUCGUUCUCACACGCACCACACAAAUUUAAGAGUUAUUUGCCAUCAGUAAAUGAUCAGAGCUCUUUAUUUAAGUCAAUUGCACUUAGGUUUAAACGAAAUCAUCAUAGUCAACUGUCUCUAAUUAAAAGCAUGUGCAGAAAUAAUACUGAGUCUUCUUCAUCCCAAGUCGUUCCUCAAGAUAGAGAGGUUUUACCAACAAAUGUGAAACCCCUUCAUUACGACUUGACUUUGGAGCCUAAUUUUGAAACUUUCAAAUUUGAUGGGCAAGUCAUAAUAGAUUUACACGUCAAUGAAAAAUCUGACUACGUAACAUUGAAUUGUUUAGAAAUUGAUAUUCACGAAGCUAAAAUUAAUGAUGUUGAAACUGAAAAAAUCGAAUUCAAUGAAGAUCAACAAUCGGUUACUUUUAAGUUUGCAGAUCACUUGGUUAGUGGUGCUGAUGCACGCUUGAGUAUCAAGUUCACUGGUGAGUUGAAUGAUAAGAUGGCAGGUUUCUAUAGAUCUUCAUAUCAAGAAGAUGGCAAGACAAAAUAUUUAGCUACUUCUCAAAUGGAGCCUACUGAUUGUCGCCGUGCGUUCCCAUGUUUCGAUGAACCUGCUUUAAAAGCUAAAUUUGAUAUUAACUUGAUUUCCCAUAAGGAUUUAGUUUGCUUAUCUAAUAUGGACGAAAGAGAAACAAAUUUAUUAGGACAUGACAAGAAGAAGGUCUCCUUUAACACCACUCCUUUAAUGUCGACUUACUUGGUUGCAUUCAUCGUGGGUGACUUGAAAUACGUCGAAACGUCUGACUAUAGAGUUCCAAUUAAGGUUUAUUCCACUCCAGGUUCAGAACACUUAGGUGCCUAUUCUGCUGAUAUUGCUGCUAAAACUUUGAAAUUCUUUGAGGAAAAGUUUGAUAUUCCUUAUCCAUUACCAAAGUGUGACAUGGUAGCUAUCCAUGAUUUUUCUGCAGGUGCUAUGGAAAACUUUGGUUUGAUCACAUAUAGAACGGCAGAUUUAUUAUUAGACCCAAGCAACACUAAUAUCAAUACGAAACAAAGGGUCACAGAAGUGGUCAUGCACGAAUUAGCCCAUCAAUGGUUUGGUAACCUUGUUACCAUGGAUUUUUGGGAUGGCUUGUGGUUAAAUGAAGGUUUUGCAACUUGGAUGUCAUGGUAUGCGUGCGAUGCAUUAUAUCCAGAUUGGAAGGUUUGGGAAUCGUAUGUCUCGGACUCCUUGCAACAUGCUUUAAGUUUGGAUGCUUUAAGAGCUUCUCAUCCAAUUGAAGUACCAGUAAAGAGAGCCGAUGAAAUUAACCAAAUUUUCGAUGCUAUUUCGUACUCAAAAGGUUCAUCACUUUUGAAAAUGAUUUCAAGAUGGCUAGGUGAAGAUGUCUUCAUUAAGGGUGUCUCUAAUUACUUAAAGAAGCAUAAAUGGGGAAAUACGAAAACUUCUGACUUGUGGGAAGCUUUAAGUGAUGUUAGUGGUAAAGAUGUUAUUAAAGUUAUGAACAUCUGGACAAAGAAUGUUGGUUACCCAAUUGUUUCCGUCAAGGAAACUAAUGGUAACGAAAUCCAGGUCACUCAGAACCGUUUCUUAGCCACAGGUGAUGUCAAGCCAGAGGAAGAUAAAAUCUUGUACCCUGUUUUCUUGGGUUUGAAGACGUCUAAUGGUCUUGAUGAAUCGUUGGUUUUAGAUGAAAGAUCAAAAACUUUGCAACUUCCUACAUCUGACGAUUUCUUUAAAAUAAAUGGUGAUCAAGCUGGUAUCUAUCGUACAGCUUAUGAAUCAUCACGUUGGACGAAAUUAGGAAAGGCAGGUGUCGAUGGCAAAUUAUCGGUUGAAGAUCGUGUUGGUUUGGUGGCUGAUGCGGGUUCAUUAGCUUCUUCUGGAUUUGUCUCCACUACUGAUUUUUUGAAUUUAGUUAAAUCGUGGUCCAAUGAAUCCAACUAUGUUGUUUGGGAUGAAAUUUUAACUAGAAUUGGUACAAUUAAGGCAGCUUUUAUUUUUGAACCUGAAGAAAUUAAAAAUGCUUUAAAUACAUUUACCAUUGAUUUAAUUGGUGAUAAAUUGAGAUCUGUGGGUUGGGAAUUCAGCGAAAAAGAUUCAUUUGCUGAUCAACAAUUGAAAUCUUCUUUGUUUGCUUCUGCUGCAAAUGCAGGUCACAAAGAAACCGUUGAAUAUGCUAAAGAUUCUUUCAAAAAGUUCGUAGAUGGCGAUAAAAAAGCUAUACAUCCUAAUUUAAGAACAUCUAUCUUCAACACUGUUGCUAAGAAUGGUAAUUUGGAAACUUUUGAUCAAUUAUUCAAUAUCUAUAAGAAUCCAUAA